CCCGCCUCCUCCCCCUCCAUGUUGUGACAAAGCAGCGCCGAGUGCGGACUGGAAAUACUUAACUUCUUUUUCUUCUUCUUCUCUUCUACUGCUUUAAAGAGACUACAGGCCAAUUAUUCAUUAUUGUUUAUAAACAAAACGCAUUUACGAUGCCCACCAUAAAGUUGCAGAGCUCCGAUGGGGAAAUUUUUGAGGUGGACGUGGAAAUAGCCAAACAGUCCGUGACCAUUAAAACCAUGUUGGAAGAUUUGGGAAUGGACGACGAAGGAGACGACGACCCGGUCCCUCUUCCCAACGUCAACGCGGCAAUUCUUAAGAAGGUGAUCCAGUGGUGCACCCACCACAAAGACGACCCCCCUCCCCCUGAGGACGACGAGAACAAGGAGAAGCGCACCGACGACAUACCCGUCUGGGAUCAGGAGUUCCUCAAAGUGGACCAAGGCACCUUGUUUGAGCUCAUUCUGGCCGCCAACUAUUUGGACAUCAAGGGUCUUCUGGACGUGACGUGCAAGACGGUGGCCAACAUGAUCAAAGGAAAGACCCCCGAGGAGAUCAGGAAGACGUUCAACAUCAAGAACGACUUCACGGAGGAGGAAGAAGCCCAGGUGCGCAAAGAGAACCAGUGGUGUGAAGAGAAGUAAACGCUAACACUGGAUAGGAACCUGGUUGCACUGCUCUUGUUCAUACUUGUUAAUAUUUACACCACUCGUCCCCUCACCUGUGUCUUCUUUCUACCUGGCCCCGCACCUGUGUCCCCUAGCUUCUACCUUCUGGAAUAACAUCUCCCCAAUAUUUAAAUUAAUAAGUCGUGGCUGUUAGCACACGCAUCGUCGACAUUUUACGCAUCUUUUUUUUUUUUUUUUUACUGCUUCGUCUUAGUUGGUAAAUCAGACUUUUUGUGGACAAUAGAAGAAGAAAGUGUGAAUUAGAAUAUUUACUGUCUUGUUGAAGUGAGUUUUGUUUUGGCUCGCUAAAUCCUAACUGACGUCGCCUCGCAGGGAAAGAAAAAAAAAAGUUUCACACAUCGCUUGAUGAUUUUGGGAGUAAUUAAAAUACUGCAAAAAAAGGGAAAA